UGGGUCCUUCGUGAGCGCUUGCGUUGUUUCCGACAGCACGUGAAGGCAACAUAUCCUCCGUCAAUCAAGUAGGUAACGUUAGUGAGAGACCUUCAUCCCAAGGAGAGCGUAGUGUUUUAAGGUGUUUGCUUCUGUGUCCUGCACAACAUGCUCAACCCGCAGAGGUCUCUCUCCGAGCUGCCCAAGAUGUCUGCUGCCAGUCAAGUAGAAAGAGCUGUGUUGGAGGAGGAAUUCAACUGGCUGCUUAAAGAAGAAGUGCAUGCUGUCCUGAAGCAGCUCCAGGAUGUCCUCAAGGAGGCAUCGAGACGUUUCUCCGCGCCGACGCCGGGCCUGGAGACUCAGCUCAAACAGGAAAACUUCAUUCUCGGCAGCUCAACCAUGGAUCAAGUGAAGGGGGUGCUGACUCUGCAGGGAGAGGCUCUGACUCAGGCUGACAUAAACCUGAAGGUUGCAAAGAGCAGCCAAGUGUUGCACUUCCAGUUCAGAGAGGACAAGCUGUGGAAACUGCAGCAGAUUCAGGAUGCCAGGAACCAUGUGACCCAGGCCCUGCAGUUACUUAGCAGCCGUGAUGACAGCUACCACUUCAAGACAGGGGCUGAGGUUAAUAAGCUCAUGGAUGCAGUGAUGCUUCAGCUGACGAGAGCACGGAACCGCCUCACCACCCCAGCCUCCAUGACGCUGCCGGAGCUGGCCACCAGUGGUCUGAUGAAAAUGUUCACUCCUCCCAUGCCUGGGGAUGUGAUGGUGAACUUUUACAUCAACUUAAGCAAACUGUGCCUGACUGUCUACCAGCUUCAUGUGCUGCCUCCCAACACCACUAAGAAUUUCAAGCCAGCUGGAAGCUCAGUGUUGCACAACCCAGGAGCAAUGUUCGAGCUCAACAACAACCGCUUUGAGGUGAGCCACGUCCACAAGGUGGAGUGUGUGGUGCCGUGGCUGAACGACACGCUGGUGUUCUUCACCAUCUCGCUGCAGCUCUGCCAGCAGCUCAAGGACAAGAUUUCUGUCUUCUCCAGCUUCUGGAAUUACAGAGCCUUCUAACCCCCCAUCCUGUCCAUCCUCCAGAGACUGGUCACACCCAAACUAACCACACAAGUGUAAGGGACAUCCUGGGGAGCUUUUUAUUUUUUAUAUAUACACACAUAUAUAUAUAUAUAUAUAUAUAUAUAUAUAUAUAUAUAUAUAUAUAAAUAUAUUUAUCAUGCACUCAUUCAGUUUCAAGUGUUGCAUGAUUAGCUGAAGUAGCCAAUUAAACCCCAACAGAUAUCAAUACGCCCAGUUGUGUUAGCCCAGCUGACUGACGUGUGUGUGUGUGUGUGUGUGUGUGUGUGUGUGUGUGUGUGUCACGUCUCAAUGAAAUGAAUGUGAUUGUUGCUGAUCCGUUAUUAGAAUUUAUUUUUUAAUUAUUUGUUAUAUUUAGGCAACUGAGUAUUUGUCUGGUUCUUAUUAAGUUGAACUGGGUUGUUGUGUGGAACACUAAUUUGUGCACUCAGGGCUGGAAGACUAAGCAGUAAUAAGAGGUUGCAGUGGUCACUGUUGUUUUUUUGUUUUUUUUU